AUGCUAUCCGUUAUCCAUGUAACCAACGGUCAUGCUUUAAAAAUCCAUCGCUCCUCCCGCACUCACUUCCCAGCGGGAGUAGCAACCAUGGCUCUGCAUCAUCUUCUUCUUACUCCUCCUCAUCCUUUCUCCUUCUCUCCCCCUCUUCUUCCCCUCCUCACCCCUUUUUCCAGCUCUACCCAUCGCUCCAUCUCUCUCCUCACCACCACAAACCCUAGACCAAAACUCUACUCCACCGCACUCCGCCCCACCCACGCCCUCCUCCAAACCCUAGAUUCCGGCUCCGUCCCCUCCGAAUCCGCGCUCGGUGACUUUUCCCAGUGGCUUCGCAAGAACGGCGCGGUGGGCUCCUCUCCACCUCCCGUGAAGCCGAGCUUCGUCCCCGAGGGCUUGGGCCUUGUCGCCCAGAGAGAUCUCCCCAGGAACGAGGUGGUGGUGGAGGUCCCCAAGAAGCUCUGGAUCGACGCCGACACUGUCGCCGCCUCCGCCAUCGGGCGCGUCUGUGGCGGCCUCAAGCCCUGGGUCGCAAUCUCGCUCUUCCUCCUCAGGGAGAAGGCGAUGGGCGAUGCGUCGCCGUGGCGUCCCUACCUCGACAUCCUUCCGCGCCAAACCGAUUCCACCAUCUUCUGGUCGGAAGAGGAGCUUCUGGAGAUACAAGGAACUCAAUUAUUAAGCACAACAAUCGGCGUAAAAGAGUAUGUGAAAAGUGAAUUUGAUCAGGUUGAAGAUGCCAUUAUAGUUCGAUACAAGGAUCUUUUCCCUUCGACUAUAACAUUCCUUGAUUUCCUGUGGGCAUUCGGAAUACUCAGAUCAAGAGCAUUUCCACGUCUCCGUGGGGAAAAUCUUGCUCUGAUACCGUUGGCUGACCUGAUUAACCACAGUGAUGCCAUUACUUCAGGAGACCCUUCUUGGGAGAUUAAAGGAAAGGGUCUUUUUUCAAGAGAGCUUAUAUUCUCUUUGAGGACUCCAGUCCCUGUAAAAUCCGGUGAACAGGUAUACAUUCAGUUUGAUCUAUCAAAGAGCAAUGCCGAACUGGCCCUUGAUUAUGGCUUCAUCGAAUCGAGGUCGGAUCGUCAGGCAUAUACUUUGACUCUGGAGAUCUCUGAAUCAGACCCAUUUUACGGAGACAAGCUGGACAUUGCGGAGUCGAAUGGUCUAGGGGAGACUGCAUACUUUGAUAUUGUCCUGGGUGGCUCUCUUCCUCCUCAGAUGCUUCCUUAUUUGAGAUUGGUUGCUCUUGGAGGAACAGAUGCAUUCCUCUUAGAAUCCAUUUUCAGAAAUUCUGUUUGGGGUCACCUUGAAUUACCUGUGAGCCGCGCCAAUGAGGAAACCAUAUGCCGUGUUGUUAGAUAUGCCUGUAAAUCUGCCCUCUCUAGCUAUAGGACAACCAUACAGGAGGAUGAAGAACUUAUUAAUGGCGGAAAUCUGGAUCGGAGACUUAGAAUUGCUGUUGGUGUAAGAGCAGGCGAAAAGAAAGUACUUAACCAAAUCGAAGAUAUUUUCCGAGAGAGGGAAUUGGAGUUAGACGGUUUGGAAUACUACCAAGAAAGGAGGCUCAAAGACCUUGGUCUAACCGGCGAACAAGGAGAAAUUAUCUUCUGGGAAUCACGAUAGAGAUGAUGUUUGUAAUAAUAUAUACAUAUCCCUUCGGUGAUGUACUUAUAUUUACGUGCAAGCGCAUGAAAAUUUUCCCACACCAGUUUGGUGUUGCAUUAAGUACAAAGGAAGUGCACUGUGGACUAGUAGGAGAGAA